AUGGAUGUGCAAGCAUCGAUCAGGACCGAAGGCGGUCGACGAUUCUCCACAAUUUCAUGGGGCAAGCUCGGCACUGAUACUGGCAUGUUUCCCUACGGCCUUUUAGCAGGGGGCCUCCAGGAUGGCGUGGUUUCUCUUUGGAAUCCGCACGCCAUCCUGUCCUCCAACGGUACAGACCAAGGCUUAAUCCACUCACAGACCGUGCACAAGGGAAACGUGCACUGUGUGGAGUUUCACCCUCUCAAGACCAACCUCAUGGCCACUUGCGGUUCAGACUCCGAGGUGAAGAUUGUGAACGUCGAGAACCCCUCAGCGCCCACCAUUUUCGAGCCCUCCACAUCCAACAAGCACCAAGGCUCAGAGGUACUUUGCUGUGCCUGGAAUAGGGUCGUACCGCACAUCCUCUGCUCUUGCUCAAACACAGGGACGACAGUGGUCUGGGAUCUCAAGCAGAAGAAGGAAGUGAUCAGCUUCCAGGACCCAGCCAGCCGCUUGCGCUGCGCCAGCGUGGCCUGGCACCCGGAGGUGCCGACGCAAUUGCUGCUGUGCUAUGACGACGAUCGCCAGCCAUCAAUCCAGAUGUGGGACCUCCGCAAUUGCCAGUACCCUUUUAAGGAGACAGCACCGCACACCAAAGGAGUGCUCGGCGUGGCCUGGAACCAGAUGGAUCCGAAUUUGAUCCUUUCCUGUGGCAAGGACAACCGCGUGAUUUGCACCAGCAUUGCCUCUGGGAGUCCGGAGACCUGGUGUGACCUCUCAGCCCAGCAGAACAGCUUCGAGGUGCAGUGGGCCCCUCACAAGCCCUCAUUGUUUACUGCCGCCUCGUACAGCGGCACAGUUAACGUGCACUCGGUACAACAGCAGCAAAGUGCCGGAGUGCGCUACUGCCCGCGCUGGUACAGGAAGUCUUGUGGAGCUUCGUUUGGCUUUGGUGGCAAGCUUCUCUCCUUCGGCCGAAGUGAGCCCGCUACCGCCUCAGAAGGUGCAGGCUUGCCGAAACAAGUCAUGCUUGUCUACACGAGGCCUGCAUCCUUUUGCCACUCCUUGGUGGUGCCUAGUGAGCCAGAGAUUGUGCCGACAGCAGACGUCUUUGAGCAUUGGAUCGCUGAGCGCCGGCUCCGCGAGUACUGCCUGGACAAGACGCGAAGCUGCGGCGGCGUGGCUUCUCAAGAGGGCCUUAUGUGGGAGCUAAUGGCCACACUGGCAGAGGAGGAGGGGCGCACCCGUGUGCCGACACUUCUGGGAUUCGACCAGGACCGGAUUCUGCAGGAGGCAGAGCGUUUCCUGGGCACCAAGCCAGGCAUGCUGAUGGGCCAGCAGGAGGCAGAUGAGUACUUCGCGGAGAACUUUUUCGACGAACUGUCGGCCUCCACGGAGCAGAAAAAGCGGGAUGAGAUGGAGCGGGAGGAGCAAAAGAAGAAAGAGGAGGCAGAUGGCCCUGGCCCUGAGCUCAGACGACAUCAGACAACGAAGUGUUCAGACAGCUCCUACGGGUCCUCAGGCCCGGAAGCCUUGAUCAAGCAGUCACUCCUGGUUGGGAACCUCACAGCAGCUGUUGAGCUUUGCUUCAAGAGUGGCAAGAUGGCCGAGGCCUUGCUCCUUGCCUCUGGUGGUGGAAUCACGCUGUGGACCCGUGCUCGAGAUGAGUACCUGCGACUUCAGGGAGACUCCUUUCUGACCACCGUCGGCAACAUCAUGACCAAUGACUUCAGCAAGCUUGUGGCUAACUCCAACUUAGCGCACUGGAUGGAGACUUUGGCCAUUGUGGCGACUUACUCUGGCCGCGAGUACCAGGUGCUAUGUGAGCAGUUGGCCGAGCGCCUCGAAAAGGAGAAGUUUGACAUCCGCUCGGCGCUGAUCUGCUACAUCUGCGCCAAGAACUUCCCCAAAACUGUCAGCAUUUGGGCCAUCACGCACGUGGCAUCUCAGGGCUCGCAGAAUCUGGCCCUGCAAGACCUGGUGGAGAAAAUGGCUGUGCUCCAGGAUGUAACAAAGUUCCAGCAGCCGGAUGCGCUUUUCUCGCAAAAGCUGACGAAGUAUGCGGAGAUCUUGGCGAAUUCCGGGCGACUUACAGCGGCCAUGCGCUACCUUUGCCUGCUGCCAGAUGACAAUUCCUCAGCUACGCUGCGGGACCGGAUCUUCAACUCUGCCCCAGCUCAGAUGGGCCAGAUGCUGAGGGCUGCUCCACGAUUUCCUUUCCAGACGACAGACGUGCGGGCCACCAGCGCUGGCCCCGCGGUACAUGCGGCGCACCCUAAAAUGGGAACGGCCCCAUGCCCCUGCUUAGGAGGUGCAAAAACUGCUGCACCCGCACCUUUGCCAGGAAAGGCGGCCAUGGGCGCCUCAAUGCCAAUGCCGGGGGGCGGCGGCACCUGGCCAAUGCAGCCCAAGCCAAUGUCAGCGCAUCCUGGGUCCAUGGGCCCAGGCCCAGGUCCUCUGCCAGGGAAGUAUCCGGGCCCUGACGCUUCAAUGGCGGGUGGCAUCGGCCACGGUUUGGGUGCUGGAUCUGUGCAUGGCGGUCCUGGCAUUGGUCCAGGCGUGGGGAGUGUCGGUGGCAUUGGCAUUGGCGGUGUUCCUGGACCUGGGAAUGGGCCUGUGCCAGGAGGUGGCUCUGUGGGCAUGGUAGGAGGUGUGGGAGGGAUGAAUGCAGGCAUGGGUGGUGCGGGCGGCGUGGGCGGCGUGGGCAGCAUGGGUGGUUGGGCUGGGCCCGCAAAGUCACCAGCACCUGCUCCACCAGCUCCACCAGGGAAGUCCACGGCACCUACGGCCUCUGCAAUGCCGGUCACCGAAGGUCUUCCGGUUGCUUGGCCACUGCCGACAAAGUCGAUGCAGAAGCUAUCCACAAACCAGUCCGUGGCAGCUGACAACAUUGCAAUUCAGGAGAUGAGCACGACCUCAAGUGUUAUAGGCGAGCCCAUGGCCCCACAUGACCUGGCGCACGUCAAGAACGUCUUCAACCUUCUCCUGGACACUUCCCAGGAUAGCAACCCAAAGAAGAGAGAGGAUGUUUUAAAGAAGCUGGAGGAGCUGUACAGCAAGCUCCAGACCGGCCAGCUCAAGACUGCCACGUCCCAGAAGGUGCUCCAAUUGGCGAAGGCCAUGGAGGCUCAGGAUUACGCCACGGCAAGCAAGGUGCAGCAAGAGCUCAGCGUGGACUGGGACACGAACAAGAGCUGGCUGAUGGGCGUAAAGUGCAGGGACAGCGAGGAGGCGUAUGACGAAGACUUUUGUGACGAGGACAUCGAGGAUGCGGAGGCCGCAGAGAAUGCGUCCUCCAACAGCGCUGCGUUGACCAACAACGACGCAGUGGAGGCUCAAUCUGAAGGCACCGUCCGGGAGCGCGCAGAGCAACUUUCAGAGGGCUCCGACGCCGUUUUAGUAAGCCAGGAAGCUGAAUGGGAGAAGUCUGUGGAUAAGCCUGAGCAAGUCGAGGACAAAGAGAGAAGCGCUUGGGCAACAGCGGUGCAGCAAGACACUGAAGAGAAAGCAGCACGCGCAAAGGAAGCAACGGAUGAAAGCCCAGCGGCGGCAGAGGAGGCAAUUGAAUCAGAAACAGCACCAGUGCUGUUCUGGGAGCCAGGAGAGCACAGGGACUUCGAAGAGCAAGCAGUUGAAGGCAAGUGCCAAGAGAGAAAUGCAGCAUUGGUAGCAGCUCCUAAUGCGAAGUUGAUGAUAAGAGGGACUGCCGCACCGUGCAAGGAGUCAGGACAAGUAGCGUCACUUGACCAAGCAGGGCUAGAUGAGGAUCCAAGACAAGGUGCGGAGGCGAUGGUGUUGCCAUGCAAAACUGGAGAGACUAUCGAGCUCGACAGAGACGCAGCCAGAGCUUGGGAGCUGGGUGAGGAAGCAGAAAUCGACCUGUUGACGCCAGGGAAUUGGAAGCCGGUAGACUCCGGUGAGCUCGACGAGCUGACAGAACAAGAUGAGGAACAUGGCAGGCAUGCAGAUCCAGCAAUCGGGGAGGAAGUGCCAGUUGAAUCAGCAGCUGACCGUGCGGCUAAGAUGUUCACGGGACCAGCUGCCGAGCUUGAGGAACAAGUACAGCAUGAGCAAGGCGCCACCGGGAGAGAUGCCGCUCUGGCAACCGAGGCAGCAGCGCUUGAGGCAGCGACGCCCAUGGCAACGCUGCAGUUCGUCGCGCCUGGAGAGAGCAAGGAGGUGUCCAUGCAAGAGAGAGUGCCAGGCGCAGCGCUGGAGGAGGCACCUGAGGAGGAGUGUCAAGGAAUGCCAUUCCCGAACAUCCUGAACCCAGAAGAGGCCACACAGCACGGCAAAGACAGAGAGCAACAUGGAGCAAUGGAGGCAGCGCCCACUGAGCUAGAAAGCGCAGAGGUGGCAAGGCAAGCAGCCCAACCUGGGUCACUAGCGCCUAGGUCUGCAUCUUCGGGUUCAUUGCUGCAGGCACCAGCGAGGGGGCCGAAAGAGCUAAACAGUCACCAGGUUGAAGGUGGCGAGAAUUUUGUCGGGCUUGCAGCAAGUUCCGGAAGCCUCGGAAGCUCCAGGAUCUCCAGGAAUCAGAAGAUCGGAAGUGCCGCGGAGUUCCUUCACAUCUUGCUGUUGGAAUCGACCUUAGGUAGCCGGCACUGGUCCGAACUCCCCGAUGGUCAUGUUGCGGUGGGACGACCAUUACAAACACCCAUCUCAUCUUCAACGGCGCCUCGCAGGGGCACCCCACGGGUGCCAGUGGCAUGGCAGCGCUGGAUGGCUGCACGGGAGAAACGGAAGGCUGCAGUGCAGGAACAGCUGCAGGCAGAUGAUGCGCAGAAUGACCUUGGCUCUUCUUGGCCGCGCACAUCAUGGCAGGUUCAGGAGCUGCCGCGACUGGAUUCCCGCAGGACGCAACGAGCAGCCUACUGCAGCAGUCCCGGGUUGAUUGCGCUUCCCAAACUCAAGCAGAGCACGGUGAAUGACAUGCGGCCCUUGGAGAGGCCACGCAAGUCCAAAGCUGGCAAAGGCUCGUCACAUUCCAGGCUACGGAGCUGCCACGCUAGCCAAUUCGACCCAAGCCAGAUACAGCAUUUCGUCUCAUCGUCGCAGACCGAAGAUCUUUGGCAUCACUACUUUCAAGGCGAGCCUGAGGCGCCUUUGAAGGAUCUCCCAUCAAAAUCUCAGGCCGAACGUGGGUCAGAAGGUCCGACGCCGACUAAUGAACAGGCAGCAGAAAGUAACCAGGACUAG